UUUCAAGAUGACAGAAGAAAAAAGAGUUCGGCAUGCAAAGCUGGUGAUCUGCCAGCUUCCGCGGGUUUUGAUGUCACCUCUAGAUUGGUUCAACUGAAGAUGGAAACACUGGAGUCUGAGCUGACCUGCCCGAUCUGCCUGGAGUUAUUUGAAGAUCCCCUGCUCUUGCCCUGUGCCCACAGCCUGUGUUUUAACUGUGCCCACCGCAUCCUGGUGUCUCACUGCUCCACCAGCAAGCCCCUCGAGUCCAUAUCGGCCUUUCAGUGCCCCACCUGUCGUUACGUCAUCACGCUGAAUCACCGCGGCCUGGAGGGCCUUAAGCGCAAUGUGACGCUGCAGAACAUCAUUGACCGCUUUCAAAAGGCCUCCCUUAGCGGCCCCAAUUCCCCCACUGAGAGCCGGCGCCUGCAGCCGCAGCGCCCGGCUGUCGUUGCUAAAAUGGAUCUACGAAUCAGCUGCCAGUUCUGCGAGCAGGAUCCGCCGCGUGAGGCCGUCAAGACGUGCGUCACGUGUGAGGUGUCGUACUGCGACCGCUGCCUCCGCGCAACACACCCCAACAAGAAGCCGUUCACCAGCCACCGCCUGGUGGAGCCGUUGCCGGACACCCACAUCCGCGGCCUGACCUGCCUGGAGCACGAGAAUGAGAAGGUCAACAUGUACUGCUUGGUGGAUGACCAGCUCAUUUGUGCCCUUUGCAAGCUCGUGGGGCGCCACCGGGAGCACCAGGUGUCCUCACUCACUGAACGCUUUGAUAAGCUCAAGCAAACCCUGGAGAACAACCUGACCAACCUGGUGAAGAGGAACAGUGAACUGGAGAACCAAAUGGCAAAGCUCAUUCAGAUCUGUCAACAGGUCGAGGUAAACACAGCCAUGCAUGAAGCCAAGCUGGUGGAGGAGUGUGAUGAGCUGGUGGAAAUCAUCCGCCAGAGAAAACAGGUCAUCGCUGUGAAGAUCAAAGAAUCCAAGGUGAUGAAACUGCGUAAGUUGGCCCAGCAGAUUGCAAACUGUCGCCAGUGUCUGGAGCGCUCCAGUGCCCUCAUCACACAAGCCGAACAGAGCCUGAAGGAGAACGACCACGCCCGCUUCCUCCAGACCGCCCGAAAUGUAGCAGAACGGGUUGCCAUGGCGACAGCCUCCUCCCAGGUGCUCAUUCCUGACGUCAACCUGAACGAGGCGUUUGAUAACUUUGCCCUUGACUUUUCUCGAGAGAAGAAGAUUCUGGAGGGACUAGAUUACCUAACAGCUCCCAACCCGCCAUCCAUAAGAGACGAGCUGUGCACCGCCUCCCAUGACACCAUCACUGUUCACUGGACGUCCGAGGACGAGUUCAGCGUCACCUCCUACGAGCUGCAGUACACCAUCUACACCGGCCAGACGAAUUUCAUCAGUUUGUACAACUCGGCAGACAGCUGGAUGAUCGUACCUAACAUCAAGCAGAACCACUACACGGUCCACGGCUUGCAGAGUGGCACCCGUUACAUCUUCUUUGUCAAGGCUAUCAACCAGGCAGGAAGCCGCAACAGUGAGCCAGCCCGCCUCAAGACCAACAGUCAACCCUUCAAGUUAGAUCCAAAGACGGCCCACAAGAAGCUGCGUCUGUCCAACGACUGUCUGACCAUGGAGAAGGACGAGAGCUCGCUGAAGAAGAGCCACACCCCGGAGCGCUUCAGCGGCACGGGCUCCUAUGGCGCAGCUGGUAAUGUCUUCAUUGACAGUGGGUGCCACUACUGGGAGGUGCUGCUGGGAGCGUCCACAUGGUAUGCCAUCGGCGUGGCUUACAAAUCAGCCCCGAAAAACGAAUGGAGUGGCAAGAACUCGUCCUCAUGGGUGUUCUCGCGCUGCAACAACAACUUUAUGGUGCGCCACGAUGGCAAGGAGAUGCUGGUGGAGGCGAGCCUGCAGCUGAGGAGGCUGGGUGUCCUGCUGGACUAUGACAACAACUCACUGACCUUCUAUGACGCCAUGAACUCCCAGCACAUUCACACCUUCGAAGUCUCCUUCCUCCUGCCCGUUGUGCCGACUUUCAUGAUCUGGAACAAGUCAGUCAUGAUACUCUCAGGGCUACCCGUCCCCGACUUUGUCGAUGGUGUGGCCACAGAUCUUCAAGAGCAGCAACAGCAGCAGAUGGGCCUGUGCCGACAAGAGUCACCAUACUUGACCGGGAUGAAGACCUGCCACUGAAAAAGGGCUCACUAAUGGCCUAGCAGAGUCCACUCAGACCCGGCGACUGAAAGGUUGAGCUGAAAGACAUUGACAGUGCGACUGAGUUCUGGUCUAUCUUCUGCAUUAAAAGAGGACCAGUAACUUUGUUAUGAAUUUAGAAAGUGCAGGAGUUAUAAAGACCAUUCUGGAAAAAUGUCAGUCCUGUAUGUUUGUAGCCAUCCAAUGCUUUGCAAAUCCAUUAGUGAAUAGGAGCAAGGUUGCUUGACUGCAACCGUCAGUAGACCUCAAAUUCAUCUGAUGCCCUGGAGUCACUGAUGGCAGGUCUGGACAUCUUGUUUUAUGACCAUUUAAGGUCUUCCUUUUUCAUUUAUCUUCCUCCUGAUCUGACCCUAGGCAGAAGACCAAGGAGAGGAUGUUCUCAACAGCCGUUUAAAGUUUGAAGUUACAACAUGUGAACAGUGAGAUCACGUCUCACCUGUGAUAGAUUGAAAACAGAACACAAUUUAGUGGCAGCAAAGAAAAACAGAGAAAGAGUCCUCUGACUACAGGCAUUUUAACCUUAUUUUAAAUUGUCCGUAUAUCUGUCACAUUAAGUUUACAUGAUAUGCAAAGUGAACUCAAUUUUACAAGAGCUAAAUUAAACUUGAAAUGAAUUAGCAGAUAAAGGAAUGGUUAAAAUUAUUAAAAUACACUUAUUUUUUAAUUGUUUUUUAGCGAGUUAGAUGAGAUUGAUACCAUUUUCAUGUCUGUACGUUGAAUAUACAGCUAGAGCCAGCAGUUAGGUUAGCUUAGCAUAAAGACUCUACAGUAAAACUGCAGUCUCUGUUUAACAUUUCUCGUUAAACAAAUUAAACAUAACAUUUGCAUUUGUGAGCUUUUGGGGAGCUGCAAGGAGGGUUUUUUUUGCUUUCAUUUGGAUAGAGCCAGGCUAGCCGUUGUCCCAUGUUUCCCGCCUUUGUUCUAAGCUAAGCAAAUCACCUGCUGGCAGUAUAGCUUCAUAUUUAGCACAAAGACAUGAGAGUGGUAUCAUUAUUCUAAUCAAAGUCUCUAUAAGAGAGUACAAGUGUAGGUCCCAAAACACUUCUUCCUUUGAAUGUUGAUGUGCCUUCUUUGACUCCACUUUAUUGAGUGAACUACAUGCUACCAUCUUGCAAGCGCUAAUACAUGCUAGCUGUGGACUUUGUGUUUUGCAUCCAAUCCCUUUUCAUGGGUUGUAGCCUCAGUAGCUCUAAGUGGCUGUUGCUAAUGUAUUUUCCUUGAUUCCUCUCCUAGAUUUGAUUCAGCAGUCUUGCUUGUACUGGUGGGUUGUAGCUUCCAAGUUUUCCGGAAGUGUUAACGUUGCUCCCAGAUAUUAAUAUGAUCGCAGGGAGUAGAUUUGCAUCAUGUGACUACUCAACUUGUAUAAUAAGAGAUUUAUUGAAUAUUAGAGGAAACGAGUGUUAUUUAUGAAAAAAAGAUGGUUUACUUUUAUUAUUAUCUCAACAUAUUAAUGAUGCACUUUUUAAUUAACACUAUUUCCCCUCUAUGAGUAUUAAAGCAGAUGGAGCUGAGUGGCAGGGAGGCAAUGGGGAGGGAAAGUGACAACUAGCACUACUGCUGGUGGUAUUCACUCUGAAAAAUCUACAUCACCUUAUUUUCAUACUCAUAUAUAUACAUAUAUAUAUAUAAUUAAAAAAAAGCAAUUAUGGUGAAUAUUUAAUGAUGGGUACUGGAUAUCAACCAUUAUAAAGUAUUCUAAUAAACCACAGUGAAAACAGUUUUUUGUUGUUGUCUAAUCUGGUUAAUAUAACAGAAGAAUCAGUAUCAUUCGCUCUUUUCACAUUUAAAAGGCCCUGCUGUAAAAUUAGAAAUGUCUUUUCACUGUGCUUUGAACACGACCAGUGAAUUUCCCUCCCCACGGCUAUUUUCUAUAUCAUAUAGUAACUUUAUCUUGUUUAGAAAACGGAUAUGAUUAUGAUGACGUUUAUGUGCUUUUUUAUCAUGAUGAAUAGAUGAUAAACUAAUAGUUGUUUUUAAAAAUAAUGUCACUCUGUUUUCAACUAAUCAGGGAAGGAGGGGGUUAACACUUUAACUUGCUGUUUGUCGCAAUGUCAUAGCAUGAUUGUGUUUUCCUCUGUGAUUUGUUAACACUCACACACACACACACAUGCACAUACACACAACAACCUCAACACAUGUCAUGUUUCGGUUUAGGUUGGCCUUGUCGUGAUAAAUGCAUGAAACAUAGUAGUAUCCCACACCGGUUCACUGGGUAAUUUAAGUAACUCUUUCAAGUUCACUAAAUCUUGUUUUUCAUCAGAGACUGACUCACCUGCAUAUUUUCUUACAGCUUACUUGACCUCUUGUUGUCACCCAUCACUAUUCAGAUAGAAGCUGUAGCUCGAUCCAUUGUUUGCUUUUCAUUGGGAUUUGAAGGCCUAGUGUGGGUGACAGUUUGAUAUUCAGGUAGUGGCUUCAAUUCAGACAAUCAAAUAUGUAUCAUAGUUUAUGCAGACUUAAGAGAUUGUGUAGCAGAAACAGUGAGGAGGGAUUGUGACAGUGACACUUGAGGUUGUGUUUAAAAAAAAAUGCAGACUUUUUACAUACCAUCUUGUUAGAUUUGACAACUCACAGCCAUUUUACACAUCACCAGGUAUAUACUUAAUGUUGAAUGUCAUGUAACAUUUGUAUUGACAAGCUAUGAUUUGCUCGACCUUAAAAAAUACGCACUGAUUUCAGCUAUUUGCUAGUAACCAUGGUUACGUAUUGAUGAGUUUAAGUAGGGUUCCAGUGAUGUAAAACUCUCAGCUGUGGAAAGAUAGAGAAAAUCUGACAUGUCGUGUCCUCUCAGUUCACCUUUUAACCUGCAGUGUUGUUUUAGGUAAACUGUGUGAUGAUGCAUCAGUCAUGAUUGUUGGAUAGAGAUAUUGAUUGCAUGAGCGCUACAGCAGAGAUGAUUCACUGUUCAAUGCAGGAUGAGCUCCAAAAUGUGGAGAGGAAUAUCUUUAUAUUUCUGUCAGGGAGUUUAGUGAAUGUUACCUGACUUGCAGAUUUCCACCCAUCUUGUGGGAUAAUGUCGGUCACAGGCUCGAGACGGUCAUGUGUUGAUUUGUGAUCCAGACUGACAAGCUCAACUCAUCUGUGCGAGGGUGCUUGGCUGGGUCACUGCAUGAUUACGUGACCUUGCUGCAGGUUCAUAGCUCUUUCCUUAUCUUCACAAUGGGGUUUCUUAUCUUGAGCUAAGCAUAUUCACUUUUUUUUGAAAAAAAAAAAAAGAAACCAUGACAAGAACACUUAAAAACGAAAUGUUCAUUACCAUGCAUAUCAGAUAGUUUGCAGUGCUUUUUCUUUUCUUGUGCCACAAGUCAAUACAGUACAAUAUAUACGGUUAGUGAUUUUCAAUAGCUACCCACUCCUUGUAGUGCAGUGUAAAACCCUAGAGACAAUGCAAUAGAUUCUCCGUUUUUGCUUUUCUGUUUGUGUAACUUGGGAAAUUAUUUUUUACAACUCAUGAGAAACACGCUCCUCUCCUUUUGGCAUUUGGACCUUGAUAAACAGCACAAAAAAGGCAGCGUUGCAUUCAUGCAAGGCUUUCUGUUUCCAUAGAUAUGAGAGGUGGUUUUAACCAGAGAGGAAUGUAAAUCAUAGGGGGAAAUAUAUAUUAUAUAAAGUUGUAUAAUAUACAAAGCAUAUAUGAACCAAUGUUAUUUAUGUGAAUUUAAGUCAAAUUAAAAGUCU